AUGGCCCUAAUGAUAACUCGUUCAAGGAUUCUUCUAAAAUGUACUGGGAAACUGCGUCUAUUCUCUUCAAAUGCUAUUCCUAAAUCAAUUAAUAUCAAUGAGGUAGAUUAUGAAACAAAUGAACACUGGACUAAUGUUACUCCAUCAAUUGUGUCUUUAACUGAUCGUUCAUUACACGUCCAUGAAUCACAUCCUGUGAGCAUCCUAAGAGAAAUGAUUGAGCAAAAACUAAAUUCUACUGAUAAGGCGUUUAACAUUUAUAAUAAUUUCAAACCUGUAGUAUCUGUUUAUGACAAUUUUGAUUCAUUAGGAUUCCCAGAAGACCAUCCUGGUAGAUCAAAAUCCGAUACGUAUUAUGUUAAUGAUAAACAUUUAUUGCGUACUCAUACAUCUGCUCAUGAAAUGAAAUGUUUUAAAGAUAUUAAAUCUGAUCAAUCGAGUUCAAAUAGUGGGAGAUCAGGGUUUCUAAUAUCAGCAGAUGUAUAUAGAAGAGAUGAAAUUGAUAGAACUCAUUAUCCUGCUUUCCAUCAAAUGGAAGGUGCUAGAAUUUGGAAAAGAGAAAAAGCUUUAAAUUCAAAUAAAGAACCUCAGCAUAUUGUGCAAUUGAGAAAAGACAUCAAAAAAUUAGGGGAUCAGUUAGAAAAAGAGGAGACUAAACUAAUUGUUGAGGAUGAUAAAUCUUUAGAGGGUAAUCCAAAACAAGAUUAUAUGACUGAGCUAGAAGUGGAACUGUGCCAACAGCAUUUGAAAAGAUCUGUGGAAUUGGUAGUUUCCGAGGUCUUUAAUCAAAAGAUAACUAGUAUGAAAAACUCAAAUGUGGCUGAUAUACCUAAAGAAUUAAAAGUCCGUUGGAUUAAAGCUUAUUUCCCAUGGACAGCUCCUUCUUGGGAAAUAGAAGUGUGGUGGCAAGGUGAUUGGUUAGAAGUAUGUGGAUGUGGUCUUGUUCGUGAACAAGUAUUAUUAAAUUCUGGCUUUGAAAAGGAUUCUACAAUUGGUUGGGCUUUUGGAUUAGGCUUAGAUAGAAUCGCUAUGUUACUAUUUGAAGUUCCAGAUAUUAGAUUAUUCUGGACAAUGGAUGAAAGAUUCCAUACCCAAUUUAUAAAAGGUAAAAUAAACCCAUUUGUUCCAUAUUCCAAAUAUCCUGGUACUUUAAGAGAUGUAUCAUUUUGGUUAGCAAACGACGAUAAUGCAAUUGAAGUUCAUGAAAACGAUGUUAUGGAGAUUGUAAGAAACGAAGGGGGAGAUUUAGUGGAAUCUGUCAAAUUAAUUGAUGAAUUUACCAGUUCAAAAUCUGGCAAAAAAUCCCUAUGUUAUAGAAUCAAUUAUCAAUCAAUGGACAGAAAUGUCACUAAUGAAGAAAUUAAUGAAAUUCAAGAAAAAGUUCGUGAUGAGCUCGUCAAUAAAUAUAAUGUUGAACUAAGAUAA